CGUAGAAACCAACCCGAUCUCACCGACGAGGAGGGGGUUACGCUGACUUCGCCUAAUCGCUCUCCACCGCCCGAUGCCGACCGCCGCCGGCUCCCCUUCCUCCUCCACCACCAUCACGACCACUUCUACAGCCGUGGAUGUCACGGAGAACCCCGUGUCGAACCGUAACGAGGGAGGCGGCGGCGCCCCCGCAGCGAGUGCGACGCAGUCGUGGUGGGAGUCUAUCUCCCGAGCCCGCUCCCGGAUCCUGUCCCUGGCCUCCGUGCUGUCCUCGCCGGACCUUGCCUCGCUGGCGGAUUCCGACCGCCCCGCCCGCUCCCUCCUUGACUCCCCCUUAGCCUACGCCGCGCUCUCCGCCGCCUUCUCCGCCCCCUCCUCUGGAUCCGGCGAUGAUCCCCUCUGCCACUGGCUCUAUGACACGUUCCAGUCAUCCGACUCCGACCUCCGCCUAGUUGCCCUCUCCUUCCUCCCCCUCCUCGCUGGCCAUUAUCUCUCCCGCGUCGUCUCAUCCUCCUCCUCAUCCUCCGCCGCCAACCCGCCCUCUCUCGCCGGGUUUGAGGCCGUCCUCCUUGCCCUAUACGCCGCCGAGGUCAAAGCCCGCGCUGGAAAGCCCGUCCUUGUCUCCGUUCCCGACCUCUCCCUCCCCUCCCUCUACCACACCCCCCGCCCCUCUGCCCCCUCCCGCCAGCCCCCAUCUGCCGCCACUGCGCCUCCGCCUCGACCCUCCGUCGGCAUUCUCUCCCCCCCUCUCGAGCCCCAAAUCGCCGUCAAGUCCACGAAGCGUGCUUGCAUCGUCGCCGUGGCGCUUGAUUCUUACUACAAGAAUAUCUCCUUCAUGCCCAGUCGCUCAAAAAUAGAUCUUUGCGAGUUCGUCGCCGCCUGGGCUGGCCAGGAUUGCCCCUGCCGCUUCGAGUUCGAUGAUGAUGACCUGAAUCGAUCCUCACUCUGCUCCUCGUCCCCGUCCUCGUCCUCCUCGUCGCCCCAGGUUAGGAUAUUUUUCGAGGACAACGGAGGAAUUGGAGGCGCUGCCGAGGAGAUGAGGAAAUUAGCAAUCCAGGAGGGUCCUAAUGGCAAUCACUGUGAUGGGGAGGACGAAGGAGGUGGAGCCUCGAGGAGGGGGUCGAGGGUUCCUCUCCCUUGGGAGCUUUUGCAGCCGGUGCUUAGGAUUUUAGGGCACUGUCUUCUAGCACCUCUGAAUCCCCAAGAGGUGAGGGAUUCGGCAUCUAUGGCAGUGCGUUGUGUCUAUGCUCGAGCUUCGCAUGAUCUGCUGCCACAGGCCAUCCUGGCUUCCCGUAGCUUGAUUCAGCUGGAUAAGAGUGCGAGGAAGGCAGCAAAACCUGAAAUUGCCCCAAGCAAUUCAUCAAAACCUAACACUCCAAGCAAGCCGAAGAAGCCAGAAGUUCUUUUGGUCUCAAAAUGAUCUUUUGGUGUUAUCACUUGUCUACUUGAAUCACUGUUUCUUGUCAGAAUCAUUGGGUGUUCAUCAAUUGUCAGAAUUCGAGCUCUUAUUUUGUUUGGAUUCCGUUGGUUGGAGAUCAUAUUGGCUGAAACUUUUUGAUGGUCUAUUCAAAACAGUCUGUGCUAACAAUUCAUGUCAUUUUGAUGAGAAAAGUGUCUGCCAUUCAUUGCUCACCCAAAAGAAACAAGACUAAGAGAUGCGUUAUAAUUUUGAGAACAUAACCCUUCUUUUAUUUAGUAUUUGGAAGUCGAGGGGGAUUUUUUAUGAGUA